UUGUAAAAUCUGUGCUUCACAUUUCAGCAGAGAGCCAUUUUUAGCCUUAUUGCGACAUAAUCCUGUACAUAAUUUAAUAUAGGUCCAUGCUGAGACUCUGCAGGAAGGGGGGAAAUUGCAAACACCUGUUAAGGAACAGCAAAAUUAUAACCAGAUUCGGUAAUGCCACAUGCCUCAACAUUAAACGAAAAGACCCAGCAUUAAGUGAAGACACUGGAGCCCUGUGAUAUAUUUACUAGAUUAAUGGCUUCAUAGUCCUGGCCUUGAACUUUUUUUUAUUAUUAUUAUUUUUAUUUUUUUUGCGCUGUGUGUCAGAUGCUAGUGUCUGAGAAGGUUCUACACAAGAUCCUUGCUUGAAAACAGAACAUCCUAACUCCUGUGUGUGAACUUCAAAAAACAAUUCUGUAUCCUGUUUAGUAGCGCCCAGAUUAAUUAAUGGCUAGAGUGCUUCAUUCAUGGCACUCAGACUAAAGCUUAGCAGACCGUAGACAGACAAUAAACAAGCUGAUAUGACGGUUCAGCUGAAUGUUAUUUUUGAAACAGCUCACAGCUUACAGACGUUUCUUAGAAUUAAAACAAUGUCCGUCUCAUAAAGUCUGUCUACUUGGCUUCCAUCUUGGCUACACUCCCACAUUUAUUUUCGGUUAAGACCAGGCUUCUAUCUGCUUGAAUAAGGAGGCACCCACAGUGUAGCCUUUGAAUGAGUUACACAAAAAAAAAACAUAUUUUUGAGGUUACUCUGAUGCUCUAUAUCUGCUGUCAGUAUCCGACUCAGAUAAGACAGAUAUUUUUGUGGUGACUACCACUCUUUUACUGUCAGGACUACUAAUGUAAUACAAGCUCCAUGCUGACUUAUACACACUGCCUCAUUCAUAUUUUAAAAACUGUCUCUACUUAUACCAUCUACUCAAGCCGUGAGCCUAGUAAUCAGAAGGUUGGGAGUUCAAAUCCCAGCACCACCAAGCUACACUUGGUGAACCCUCCACUGAUCAGUUAUAUAAAUAAGAUAAAUUUACGCUGCUCUGGAUGAGCAUGUGUACCAAAUGUUGUAAAUGUAAUACAUUACAGAGCCUAAGAACUAGUUAAAAAUGUUUUUAGGCUGGAUUCCAUGUGUUCUAGUAUUUGGGACAUUUCCUACAACAAGGGUCUUUCUAGAAAAAUCACCAACUGGACAUAAAUUCUAUUAUUUGGGCUCCAGCCACAGUGUUUUUCCUCUCAGUGUUCUCAGUGGAGUGGUCAGAUUGAACAUUAAUAAAAACGCUCUGUGAAAGUUCGCUUCUGGUAGCAGGUAAUUUUGGUUUGAGUUCACUGAGGUGAACUUUGAGAAACACAAACCUGGACUGUAGCCUUUUCUUUCCAAAUAAAUAGAAUUUUUAUGUUGCAGUUACACCAGAAGUUUGCCACGUUAUUUCCUUAAUGGCUUGUUUUGUUGUUUGCAAUUCAACGCCUUUCAAUUUCAUCAAGUCAAAUCUUGAGUUAGGGUUAGGAUUUCAACAAGACCAUGGUGCAACAAAUAUGUGAUCAUUUUGUUCAUUCAUUCAUUUUUAUUAAACAGUUUAUUCUGCUCAGUGUUGUGGCACUUACAGUCAAUUUUGUAUAGGCAUAGAUGUUUUGGGGAGGUAGAAGGAAACCGGAGAUCCCAGAGGAAACUCUACACAGGCAUUAACCCAAGUUCAUUGUCGAACUGGGGAACUAUGAGGUGGCAGUGCUACUCAAGCACUGCCUUUGAUUUUAACAUAUUGAGCACUGCAUUUUUAUCUGUCAGAAAUUCAUUAAAAGAAGAAUUAUUAGACACAACCUUAACAUUCUACGACCUUGAAAAUCACAGUAUUGCCCUGGUGUGACUGCUGCUUAAUACGCCUAAUUUAAACUCACUUAUUUGGAUGGGGUCAGGUGUGUUAAAAUUAUGGAAAAUUUUCAAUACCAGGAUUUGGAAAGUGGUAUGGUUAAAAUUUGUGAAUUAAAAUCCAGUGUGCUGAGUCCUGAUGAGCUGGAAGUGCAACCUCCUUCCAGCCAAGCACUGCCGAAUCAGCUCACUGCAGAAAGAUCCAAAGCUGAAAACAUGCUUCCUUAUUUGGCUGUUUCAGUCCCAGAUUCUUCAGACAGAGCUGCAAUGGAACUCGCUCAGCUUUGACAUUCAGACCACAGAGGCCAAAGGGAACGGCUGUCCGGCUGUUCAACCCCCUGCACUAGAGCAGACACACACAUGACAAAUGAGGGCAUAAACACCACAUUACUGACAUCUCAGUGUCUCACCACAAACACAAAUGUCUACACCCUCAUUAGACCACACACCAAUACUAACACUAACACUGCAAACAUCUGAGUUUCAUUGCUCCAGGCUCAGAAUACUGUAUGUGUACUCUUCUCAGAACUCCUAAACAAGAGCCCUAACGGCUCAGGAGAGGUGAUGUCAUUGUUAGUCAGCAGAUGGACGGGAGGACUCGGAGUAAGCAUGUCAGAAAUGCAAUUCCUCUGCUUUGUCCUUUGGCAAGUUUGCAGUUUGCUGAGUGUCCGUGAAAGGGUCAUGGGAAAGGUUCGGCUAGUGGCGUACAGGAAAAACAAACAUGAUGGAUCAAAUUUCAGAUGCAGUCUCAAGAAAGGAAUUCUUUUCCUGAGAGUCUUAAAAAGAAUUCGGUCAAAUUGUAGAAUCCCACAAACCAAAACUUUCACUUUUCAAUCAAGUCUGACAGCAUGAGCAGCCAUGUUAUCAUAUGCUGAACUCUGGUCUAACACAGCUUCCUGACUUUCCAAGUAAGAAUUCCAAACUGAGCGGGCAUUUCCUUCAUUUUUUCCUGGUCAGAAGUGUGCAGCAUGAGUUUAAAAGGGUAGCUAUACAGCAGAGCUACCUAGCAUGGUUUCUGGGUAGUGUAUUUCACAACUAGGUGAUUUCCACUAGUUUAUUAGUGGAACAAAUAGCUUAAUAGCUAUUAAUUUUUUAACGGCAUUAGUGAAACAGUUAAAAAAUGGAAAGAUAAUGAAUAUUUUGGAAUAUCUUGGAAUAUGAUGUAGGUUAUAUACUAUUAUCCCUUUUAUAAAAAAACCUAAAAUCUUAACUGUUGUGUCCAUAUAUAGACUGCUAAUGGGAUACUUUGGUAGAUGUGUAGCUAUAGACCUACUGUUAACUAGAAAAUUAGCUAACAAGUCUGUGGACAGUCAAAAAUAGGAAAACUCAAGGCUCUGGAGAAAACAAUCGUUUUCUUUAAAAUAACAUUCUCAUAGUUAUGUCCAGAGGUGGAUGGCUACAGGGCACGCUUAGCUAAAUGUAUUGUAGGCAUAUUGUUAUCUAUAAAUAUUCUGGUUUAUUUAUUUAUUUUAAUACUUAUUUAUUUACAGCUAAGUGAUUCAACAGGUUUAAGAAUUAGUAAAGCAUGGAUUUCUUGAUAGCUGUAAUCUCUACAAGGUUCUCAGUUCUCUGUGACUGGUGCUGUACAUGCCUGUUAUGAAUCAUCAGUUUCAUAACUGCUAACACUAAUGCCUCAGUAACUCACUGCUGUGUUUCUUGUCCUGCUUUACUAUAACUAUACAUUGUCAGACAUUUGAGAUGUAAAAAUUAAUGAUUAAUAGUCCUUAAGUUUUUGGAAUGUGACCUUUUUUCCUAGUUCAGCUGCCUUCCUGUCAAAGUCGAUGUGGAAAGCUAAAUGGGUAGUUAUAGAGUCAAAGUUAGCCAGCUAGCUACUUCUGGGGUUGUACUUCUAGUUCUAAAUUACUAGGGAUAAUGAUUGCAGGGAUAAUGAGUGCUGCUCUCAAAUUUCUUAGUGUUUUCAACUGUUUUUUGGUUGCUUGCAAUGAUUCAUAUGUUUUUUUUUUAAUGCUCAUACCUCAGAAUAUGUCAGAAAUCUAUUUAAUUUACCCUAUGACCUUUUUCUUGCUCUAAUAAACGGUGAGAAUGUAGCUAGCAUACUUUUUGUUAGUUAGGUUCCUUGUUGUUCUCUGUUUCGGAGGCUUGACAAUGACUCAUCAGGGUUUUUAUUUACGCUAAUACUUUAAUAUGUGAUGAAUCUGUUUGUUGACCUUAUGACACCUUUUCCUCUUCUGCAUAGAUAGUGUGAAUGUACCUAGCACAUUUUUUGUUUCUCAAUUGUUUAUAUUACAACUAAUCAUUGCUGUAUAGAAGUAGAACAAAGAUUUUUUUUUUCAACAAAUGUAUUUUUAGUUACCUGUUAUCGCAUAAUUCUUCUUUUGGCCCGUUAUCUACAACCCUAUUCAUUCGCUUUAUGUAAAAAAAACACAACCUGUUAUCUUUGAGAUUACGUGAACAAGAAAUCAUUAUCUGAAGAUAACAAGAAUGAAACAUGCAUGUCCUCUGUGGAUUCCUGUCUGACGUAGUGAGUAAGGUUGCACAAUGUUUUCAAGUAGAGUUCGGUUAUUUCCAGACUUUUCCAUUUUCCUGUAAAUUAAUAAUCAACCAUAAUGGGUAAAAAGCAGUGAGUGAAGGAAAGUGCUCAGAGCGAUGGUUCUUUCUUUUGUGCUUUCGGUACAAGGACACUAAACUGUACCUUUCCAUACCACUGGAGUGUUACCUUCAAAGGGGACAUAUAUAGUUUAUCAUUACUGUGUGUCUUUUGCAUGGUAAUGUGAAUAGAUUUUAGGUACAUAAUUGGAUUUUAAGGACCACUCUUUGUUUAACUGUACAAUAUGUGCCUUUUUUUUUAUAAUAAAUACACAUUAAAUGUAUAGAAGCUGUCAUCUUGAGAGCCCUACUCCAGUGACAAGGAAAGGCACAAUUUAGUUUUGAACGUGUGCUAUAAAUGACACAAAAUCGGUUUAGUGACUCUCUGACUUUGUGACACCUCAGUAAUCCACCUGAACAUUACAGUGCGAAAUGAAACCCUUUCUAUCUUCCAUGCACUUUAUUGUUUAUCACUUGCAUGUACACUGGACUCUGACUGAGGGUUAGAACUGAUAUCAGACUCUGUCAGUGUAUGGUAUGAGCAAUAUCUCCCACUACAUCACUGUAUGAUUGCAUACAAUGUUUUCACUCUUUUCAUUUUUAUUGUUUUUUACUUUGCAUUAAACAUUAAUAAUUUACAGUACUGCAUGUGCAACAUCUCCCACUGCAUCUCUUUUUGACUGCAUACAUUGUUUACAGUUUACUAUUAUUUUUACAUAGAGCACAUUAUUAAACUUGUCUGUGGUCAUUGUUUACAGUUUUGUACUACAUAAGAGUUCACUAGUAUUUUUGCACUGAGUUGCAUUGUAUAUAGAUGCUCAAAACUCCCUUUAUGCACUAAAAGCUCUUUAUUGAAACUAAAAAAAUGUACCUUAUGAUUUUUGGUUGUGAUUAUUACAGCACAUGUGUCACCACUCCAGAUGCUCACAUAAGUAUUUAUCUACUCAUUAAUUUAUUUCUUUUUUAAUAUUGAAAUGGAAUUAAAACAGAAGUAUCAAGUCACUGACUUCAUGCUGGUCCAAUGGACAAGAACAAGCACGCCACCUGCUGGUUAGACAGCCAAUCAGAAUGCUGUCCAUAUCCAACCCAAGUUACAAGAGGGAAAGAAGAAAUUUGACAAGGAAACAGAGAAAUAUUAUACCCUUCUGGAAAAACACCUGAAUUUGUCCUCAAAAAAGAAAGAGUCCUUUUUACAAGAGGCAGAUACCCAGAUCAAUAAGGAGCGACAGAUGUUUUGUGAUGCCUCGCUUGAAUACGUCUUCAAGAUCCAAGAAGUGCAGGAGAAAAAGAAAUUUGAGUUUGUUGAGCCGCUCCUGGCUUUCCUUCAAGGACUAUUCACAUUUUACCAUGAGGGUUACGAGCUGGCGCAUGAAUUUGAGCCGUAUAAACAACAACUUCAGUUCAACCUACAGAAUACAAGGAAUAAUUUUGAGAGUACCAGACAGGAAGUGGAGAAUCUGAUGCGAAGGAUAAGGUCAGCAGAGCAGGACUUCAAAGCUCCAGGACAGUGGACUAUGGAGGGCUUUCUUUAUGUACAGGAAAAGCGUCCCCUGGGAUUCACAUGGAGUCGGCACUAUUGCACAUAUGACAAAGAGACUAAAAUGUUCACCAUGAGCAGCUCUGAAAUCAAAUCUGGCAGCAAACAGAACGGCCUGGUUCUGAGUCCACCUGAAAUAUUCAAGCUCAAGUCAUGCAUCAGGAGAAGGACAGACUCCAUCGACAAGCGAUUCUGUUUCGAUAUUGAAGUGGUGGAAAGAAAUAACACUUGUCAAGGGAUUCUGUUCAGUUCUCUUCAAUGUUUCUAUAAAGUCCACCGGCAUGGCAUCAUCACCCUGCAGGCUCUGUCUGAAUCCAACAGACGUCUGUGGAUGGAGGCCAUGGAUGGAAAAGAGCCAAUUUACACACUUCCGGCACUUCUGAACAAGAAAGAAGAAACAUUCCUAAAUGAGGCGGGGUUUAACUUCGUCAAGAAGUGCAUUCACCUUGUAGAGACAAGAGGUAUCCAAACGAUGGGUCUGUACAGAAUUGGAGGUGUGAACUCUAAAGUGCAGAGGCUUAUGACUUCCGUGUUUGCCGCUAAAGCUCCUGCAGACAUGGACCUCGACCCGGACACUUGGGAUAAUAAGACCAUCACCAGUGGACUGAAAAAUUACCUCAGGUGUCUGGCUGAACCUCUGUUAACCUACAGACUUCACAAGGACUUCAUCAUGGCAGUCAAGUCAGACGAUCAGAACUACAGGGUCUGUGCAGUUCACUCUCUCGUGCACAAGCUGCCAGAGAAGAACAGAGAGAUGCUGGACAUCCUGAUCAAACAUCUGCUUGUCGUUUCCACGCACAGCCAGAAGAAUUUGAUGACGGUAUCCAAUCUCGGUGUGAUCUUUGGCCCUACGCUGAUGCGCUCCCAAGAGGAGACCGUGGCUGCCAUGAUGAACAUCAAAUUUCAAAACAUUGUGGUGGAGAUUCUCAUAGAGAACUACGAGAAGAUCUUUCAUCAGUCUCCAGAUCCCAACGUGCCUCUACCUCAGCCUCAGGCUCAGUCUCGUUCCAGCUCGCGCCGCAACAAAGCCAUCUGCCUAUCCUCAGGCCCGCGCAAGUCCAGAGGCCUGUAUACGCCUGCUCUCUGCCUGGCUGAUGCUGACAGCGCAUGCUGUCCCCCUUCUUCUGCCGUAGGCGACACAUUCAGCAGCAGUCCCAGCAGCACGCCCAUGGGCAGCCUGGAGUCUCUGUCCUCUCACUCGUCAGAGAGGAACGGCUGCUCCAAGGCAGCAUCUCCCUCACGCUCCAAACACAAGAUCUCUGGCAGCCUGUGCUGGACCACUCCGUCCCCGUCCUCUGACGGCCCUAAGAGCCCAGGUGGCACCACCAGUCCUGACUCCAGCUCCAAAGAGGAUGCAGCUAAGACAGACGGAGAGUGGGAGGAGGCUCUUAGUGUUCUCCCACCAGAGCGAGCUUCUCCAGCUCCGGAGCUGCCUAACAGAGCUGAGGAGGAGAACACAGAGGUGCAGAGAUCAGGUCGCAUGUCCAGUGUGUCCUCCUGCUCCUCCCUCACCUCCCUACACAUCUCUGAAGGUUUCCGGAGCUGCCAUGGUUCAGUUCAGAGUCUGGUUUUUGGCAGCAACAGAGACAGCCUGAAGUCACUGCCUUUACCAGACCUCCCUGUUAAAGAUGCAGGAAGAUGCAGCCUGGACUCAUCAGGAAGCAACGGAUACCAAAGACCUGGCUCUGUGGUGGCUUCCAGAGCAGCGUUGUUCGAGAGCCCUGUGGUCUCCCAGCCGUCUACUGGUGGAAGGGAGGCCAAAGCCAUGUAUUCCUGCCAAGCGGAGCACAGCCAUGAACUCAGCUUCCCUAAGGGAGCUGUCUUCAACAAUGUGCACCCGUCAGUGGAACCAGGGUGGCUCCAAGCUACUUAUAAUGGCAAGACUGGACUGAUCCCAGAGAAUUACGUGGUGUUCCUUUAGCCAGGCCUGAAAGCAGCCAUAGCAAGUCCAUGGUAUCCAUGGUGAUCAUUUCUCCAUAAAGGGACUGUUUUGUACAUUCAUGAUAUGCAGUAUGUGAAUAGAUUGAAUGUGUAGCUCAAAAAUGAAUGGUUAUAAAUACAACAUUAACCACAGAGUAUAUAUGUUUGAUGUAGAUAUUAGAAGGUUUCUAAAUAAUAAUAAUAAUAAUAAUAAUAAUAAUAAUAAUAAUAAUAUUUUCUGUUUCUUACUGUUUUGCCUUUGGCUCUGUAAGCCCUAGGGUAGAUUAUUUAUAGGCGGCUGAUCACGCAGACUGGAUCUGAUGAGUUGAACUGAUAAUGUGAGAAACAUUGACCUGUCAUUUAUUGCAGGUCUCUGUUUCUUAUACUAUAGUUCAGUUACUGUGAUGAAGGAGAACUUACAAUUAACACACUGAUGAAUGUGAUGGUACGUGACUUUUUCCCAUAUAACUUAGAAUGUAUUUUUUUUUGUUUUAUCUGUCACUGGAGUUAGCAGAAGCCAGGACUUGACAAAGUGUGUCUGAACCAUUUCCACCCUAUUCCAGUAUAUCCCUUCAUUUUCGUCUUAGUUAGUGUAAACGGUGAAACAGACGUAACAGAUGCAGGACAUCAUUGUUUAGGUCAUUUGUUCCUUAAUAGCAUUAAUGUAGUAAGUGUCAGUAUUAGCGAUCCAUUAAAUCGGUGCCACCUGUAAUGACGUGUGCUCUGAGAGUAAUAUCCCUGCUAUGUAGCUCUAAGUACUAAAUAUAACAGCUUGUUACAUUUACAUCUUACAGUUACAGUCACAGAUACCUGUUACACAGUCUGUACUCGAAGCGUAUUCUUUGUGCCUCUUCAUUCUUUCAUUUCAUAAAACAUCACAUUUCAUUACACUGACUUAAUUUUUUUGUUGUUGUUGUUAUUGUUGCCAUUUUUAAUUUAUUUCAAUUCAAAUUCAGUUUCUUGCUGCAAAAAAUCACAUCUGAUAUGUAUUAGAAGUAUAAAAGCUAAUGUCAAAUGUAUGUUGUCAGCCCUGUUGAUGUCAUAGUACGUGUCGUUUUGCAUUCGUCGUAAUGACACGCCUUUGCUUAAUAAUUCUGCUGUAUUUCAUUUCACACUGGUUUACCAUUUCAAUGUACGUGAGGACGGACGAUUAAAAUAGAGCAGUGAUGUAGAUUACAAUGAUUCUAAUGCCAUUCUCAAAGAACUUUAAAUGAUUCUUGCCAGUAUUAGCCCAAAUGCCACUCUGAAAUGCCAAAAUUGUUAUUAUUAUUAUUAUUAUUAUUAUUAUUAUUUGUCCAUUCCAUAGUCCACAAAGCCCUACAUCAUGCCCAUAAUAGGGCAUGUUAUAUUUGAAUAUAUUUUGCUGAAUGUUUUAACCUGUUCAUUCCAAAGUCAUACAUAAUUCACCCAUGUUCUUAGGUUUGUAUGGUUUUGUUUUUAUUAGAAUCACCGUUUUCUUAGCAAAAAUCUAUUUUAAACAACAUUUACCCCAGUUUAAGAGUAAAAAUAAUAACAAAAACGGCAAAAUACAUCAGUGUUAUCGAAACGGUUUACUUAUACCAGUCUUCCACCUUUCGUUAGCCUCAUAAUAAUGAUAACAUUGAGAGGUUGUCAUAGUUUUAUUUAAUUACACAUUUCAACAUGUAUUAAAGAGACAGGUGGCCUUUUUGGCUUGAGCAAUUAAUUCUAUAAUUUUUUUUUUUAAAAGCUGUUUAAAUUCUUCCUCAAUCUUCAUACACCAAAUGUCCUAAAAAAGGUCGUUUUACUUCAAAAUAUAUUUUAAUGUGCUAUAUAUUUGGCCAAACGUUCCUAGCUAAGAAUAGUAGCAUCCAAAGCAAAUAUUAAAAACCCAUUGGUUGGUUGAAUAAAUAAGCUUGUUUGUUGUAAUACUUCCCUCAGUACCCUUUGGAAUGUACGUAUCAUUAUACAUAUUUCUUCAGUCAGUCCUUUUGCCUUAAAUUCCGGAUCAGUUUCGGUCCUGACUACAUGUAUUUGUUUCGUUUUUGAUUCCAUGUGUUUGUUUCUUUUUAUUUGAAACUGUAUUUUCUGUAUUUUAUUUUAUUUUAUUUUAUUUUUUUUGUAAUAUUGUCCUGCAGAAGAAAAUUGUCCUUUUGAAAAGGAAAAAAGAAGAAAAAAGGAUUUCUUUGAUGUGUUUUUUUCCUGUUCUUUGAAUACUCCUCAGUGUUACUGAUAUUCUCCGAAUCUGAUAAAGUUGCUAUAAAGUGUUGUUAUUGUUUGCUUUAUUUUUCUUCCUUUGAGGCAUACAAUCUCGUCGUCACCGAUUAUGGAAGGGAAAAGAAAUAGAAAUGUGAAAGAGGAUACGAGAAGAACUGAACUGAACUAUGAUGAUUUAUAGUUUGUGUUAUAAAUGCAGUCCCUUUUCAGUUUAACAAAUGGAAAACUGCAAAAGGUUUUUACAUAAAUAAU